AUGCUAAGUUGUGCAUCCCCCGCCGGCAUGCCGCCAGCACCGCAUGCGCAUACAUCUUCGUGGGGCAAUAUUUUACAACAGCCUCCUAACAUUAAAUCAGAGCCAAUGGAAGACGGAAGCUUCGCGAAGGAACAAACUAGCGGUUUCUACUCAGAAGGUUUUCACAGUGCAUCACCUUCAUCUUCAAGCAAGGAUUCCAACGGACACUCACCUAGAAGUGUCGGAAGCGGCGGAGAGCCUGCAUCAUUCUACGACACCAUGACACUCAAGGCAAAGGCAAAUCUUGGUAUGCAUUUGGAUGCUUAUCGUAAUGGGUUGCCUUAUAGUUUACUCACCCCGCCUGGUUUUGAGAAUCGUGUUGCUGAUGAACGCGGAGCGUCUCCAAGCUACGAGGCUUCGUAUUCUCCAAGGACUUUACCUCAUCCUGUCCAUGUAUCUACACCAAUAUCGAGAGCAGACGCUACUCCACCGAAAUCACCAAGAACCCCUUCUUCGCCUGACAGAGACCAUGAAAGAAAAACAUUCGAUCGCUUCCAAGAUUCUGGCUUUGAUGGUAUGGGCCAAAACAAAAAUGAUGACGAGGGUAGAGAGGGUUCAGGAUUCGAAGAUGAUUUCGAUGAUGAACCCGGCCUGCGAGUCCCCGCUGUUAACUCUCACGGUAAAGUAAAAACUUUCAAAUGCAAACAGUGUGAAUUUGUAGCCGUUACAAAACUGAGUUUCUGGGAACAUAGUAAAGAGCACAUUAAGCCUGAGAAAAUGCUAACCUGCAGAAAAUGCCCUUUUGUCACGGAAUAUAAGCAUCAUUUGGAAUAUCAUAUGCGGAAUCACUUGGGAUCGAAACCCUUCCAAUGUUCACAAUGCUCUUAUUCCUGUGUGAACAAAUCCAUGCUUAAUUCACAUCUGAAAUCUCACUCAAAUAUUUACCAAUACCGUUGCGCCGAUUGUAACUAUGCGACAAAAUACUGUCACUCUCUGAAACUACAUUUACGGAAAUAUAAACACAGUCCAGCUAUGGUGCUAAAUUUAGACGGGACGCCCAACCCUCUCCCAAUAAUCGACGUAUACGGCACUCGUCGUGGGCCAAAACAAAAGCCAUUAACGAAAAUGUUCGAACAACAACCAUGUAGUAACAGUCAGUCGCAACAUCCACCGCCGACGCAUUCUCUAUUCGGCAGUCAUUUCCCCGUUAAUUUACCAUACCUACCACCACUACUACCUCCAUCUUUUCUGUUCCCACCGAAUAACAACUUUGAACAAAGAACUUCACCCAACCUGUCUGAACCAAUGGAGAUGAGACAGUCUAUUUCACCACAAUCGAUUCUACAACAGCGUUUGUCAUAUUCUGAACGCCCGUCGGAGAGUAACCCGUCUCCUCCGCCAGCGAAAUCUCCGGCUACCUCUCCUCAGACGCCCACAUCUCAUACGAACACUCAAGCACAAGGAAACGGUGCUUUAGACCUAACUAACACUAAAACGAGUGAAGCUGGGUCGCCUCCGCCAGCAGAGCGCCCAGCACCAUUAACCCCUACCACGGCUUUGAAAAAUCGUCGAAAAGGCCGCGCAUUUAAGUUGCAACCGGCAGCCUUAAGACUUCAACAUGAAGAUAAUAAAAUGGAAGCUGAAGGAUCAGAUGCAGAAUCAGAAGCUUCAAAUGAAGUUCCAUCGUCGUCCGCCAACAAUGCGUAUACCUGCCAGUAUUGUGACAUUACAUUUGGCGAUCUCACUAUGCACACAAUACAUAUGGGAUUCCAUGGAUACAAUGAUCCCUUUAUGUGUAACAAGUGUGGUGAGCGGAGCCCCGAUCGCGUGGCAUUUUUCAUUCAUCUCGGUCGAGCCCAACAUGCCUAG